GGCCUCUGCGCCCCGGGCCUCCCUUACUAUAAACACCGCUCCUGGCGCCCGGGCUCCACCGUGCCUCCGCGAGUCCCACACACACUUUGCCUGUUGCUUGGGAACUCCCGGCCUCCACUCAGCUCUAAAUGGACCGCAAUAGUUCCUGCGCCUCUGGUGGCUCGUGCAGCUGUGCUGGCUCCUGCAAGUGCAAAAAGUGCAAAUGCACGUCCUGCAAGAAGAGUGAGUGUGGGGCCUUCCCUGGGAGGCUGCUGCUCCUGCUGCCCCGCAGGCUGUGCCAAGUGUGCCCAGGGCUGCGUCUGCAAAGGGGCAUCCGACAAGUGCAACUGUUGUGCCUGAUGUUGGACGAGCCCUGUUCCCAGGUGUAAAUAAAAGAUUUUGAUCUAGUCUGGAUUUCUUUUUCAUACUGCCCUGACCCAUUUGCUGUGAUUUUUUUCUAUUAUGAAAUAGAUGAACAAUAAAAAAAAGUCAUCGCCUUA